GACCGGAUACUAUUAGACGCUCCCUGCAGUGGACUGGGUCAAAGGCCCAACAUGACCUACAGCUGGAGUCUGAAAGAAGUCUGCUCCUACCAACCUCUACAGAGAAAACUCCUCACUACGGCUGUACGUUUGUUAAAACAGGGAGGUGUUUUGGUGUACAGCACCUGUACCGUGACGCUUGCAGAGAAUGAAGAGCAGGUUGCCUGGGUUCUCAAGACAUUCCCCUGUUUAACACUAGAACCACAGGUGCCUCAUUUAGGAUCUGAGGGGAUGCAAGGAGCAGGUCUGUCAUGUGACCAACGACGGCUACUACAGAGAUUUCGGCCAGAGUUAGCAUGGAGAGGAGCUCGUUUCGCACAUUCCCCUGAGAGCUUUCUACAAAACGCCAACACUGAUACUAUUGGGUUUUUUAUUGCCAAGUUUAUAAAAAAUGGUAAGAAGUGCACACAAGCUUAAUACAGAACAACUGGCAGGGUUUUAAUUAUUAAUAUACACACCAUUUAUCAUCCAUUUAACGUUUUGUUUCCAAGUAUUGUUUUCAUCUUUUUUUUAUGCAAUGUUGUACAUAUUAGUAAAUAUUUGUACUGUAGACUGUGGCACAGUGUAUUAAAUUAAAAUAAAUGAGUUCAUUUAUAAGACU